CCAGUUCCGUUUAGGCCCUUCCCCCGCACGGGGCCGGUAGUAACCGUGGGUGCCGGCUGCGGGGCCCCGGAGGGGCUCCCUAGUGCUCCCGCCCAGCCUGGGACAGCGAGCGCGGGCAGGAGGCGGGUCCCUGCGGGGGGCGUCGCUCCCUGGGCCCAGGCGGGGCGGUCACGGCGCUGGCGGAGCCGUUAUUCGCUGCCCCCCGCCUCGGCGUGGCUGGUCCCCUAGGUAACAGGCCGUCGGAUGACGUGUGCAGCCGCCCAAUCCCCGGCGAGGCCCGGGGCGGAGCUUCUCCGCCUCUCCCCGGCGGUCGCUGCUCCGGCGGCAGUUGUUCACUGUGAAGAUCAUAGCUCUAUAAAGGAAAAUGUCUUUUUUCCCCAAAAUAUUAUUGCUGCCUGAAGUUGAAGGAUACCUCAACAAUGUAUUUAGAAAUCAGGAGCUUGUAACUGCUUUGGACUCACAGGAAGCAGAGAAAAAGUAUAAAUGUCUGUUAAGUCAUCUGCCUCAUCCACCAGCCUUCACAACUGUUAGAGUUAACACUCACUUAACCUCAGUUAAACAUGUGAAAAAUCUGUUGUUUGAAGAGAUCGAAAAGCAGUUUAAAGGUCUUAAUGUUCCAAUCCUUGAGCAUCCAGAACUCCAGGACAUUUUACUAAUUCCUGUCAUUGGACCCAGAAAGGAUCUACAACAGCAGUUAUCUGAGGUCAUUGUUGGAGCCCAGUGUGGGAGUGCAGUUCUCCGUGGUGCCCAUGUCUACGUCCCUGGAAUCAUCUCUGCUUCAAAAUUUAUGAAAGCUGGAGAUAUGGUCUCUGUAUACUCUGAUAUUGAAGGGAAGUGUAAAAGAGGAGCCAAAGAAUUCCUGGGAACAAAAGUUUUUCUUGGAAAUGGGAUUUCUGAACUAAGUCGCAAUGAAAUUUUCAGUCCAAGUGGCCCACUGAAAGGGAUGGGCGUAAGAAUGACAGACCCAGUCUAUCUUAGUCCUUCAUUUGACAAUGUGUUAUCCAGUUAUUUGUUUUUACAGAACUUACCCUCUGCAGUUGUGAGCCACGUUCUAAACCCUCAACCAGGAGAGAGAAUUUUGGACAUGUGCGCUGCACCAGGGGGAAAAACAACCCAUCUUGCAACAUUAAUGCAUGAUCAGGGUGAAGUCAUAGCCAUGGAUAAGAUUGCUAGCAAGGUCAAAAAAAUUACACAGAAUGCUGCGUUAUUGCAGCUGAAUUGUAUUAAGGCAUUUUGCUGUGAUGGAACUAAGGCAUUUGCAGUUAGAAAGACAGAGGACACACAAGGACCUCCAUUCUUGGCAGAGUCAUUUGAUCGAAUUCUUCUUGAUGCUCCCUGUAGUGGGAUGGGACAGAGACCCAAUAUGGCUUAUUCCUGGACUCUAAAGGAAGUGACCUCUUACCAGCCCUUACAACGGAAGCUUUUCACUGUGGCAGUGAAACUGUUGAAGCCAGGGGGUAUUUUGGUGUACAGCACAUGUACAAUUACACUAGCUGAAAAUGAGGAGCAGGUUGCUUGGGCUCUGGAAAAUUUUCCCUGCCUCCAGCUUCAGUCCCAGGAACCACAUAUUGGAGGAGAAGGCAUGAUGGGAGCUAGACUGUCACUGGAUAAGUUGAAGCUGCUGCAGAGGUUUGAUCCCUCCAAUGUCACUUUACAGAGAAUGGAUAUUAACUCCUUGCUGAAAGCCAAGGAAGAUGAUCUGAUUCCUCUGGCAAAUAAGGACUGUAUAGGAUUUUUUAUAGCAAAAUUUAUUAAAUUGAAUGUUAAAUAGGUAUUUUGCAACACAACCCCAAAAAUACCUUUGUAGGUUAAGAAUGGUUCAAAUGUUAACCAAAUGUCUUACUACUGCAAUGUUGUCAGGCCAACGGGAUGAUGACAUGGUUGCUAUGGAAGCAGUAAAAUCUGCCAGCUGUUCUGCUGGAAGAGACCCACAGGUUGGAGAAAGAAAGUCACAGUUGGGGGAGGGGUAUUUUCAUUUCAAAGUCUCCAUUUGCUUUUUAAUUUGCAGCAGGGCAGUGUAGGAAAGAGGAGUAAAUGCAUUCAGAUUGCUGCUUGCUUUGUUUUGUCAGGGUGAUUUCAUUGUACAGUAUUACAAACACAUAGGAACAAGCUUUUGCUUGUUUUAUUAUGGGUAUUUAAGUUAUUUUAUAAAUUGCAAAAAAUUAAUAAGUUAAUACAUUGAAAAUAGUAAAUCAGAUUUUGCAGAAAUGGUGGUUUCUGCAGGAGUUUGUAAACUGAUAUGUCAUUAAAUAUUGCUAAGUAAAAGUGUCACAUUUCACAAAGAGCUGUUUUCUUAAUCAAUACUUAAAACCUCUUUUCUCCUUUAUUUCAAUACAAGCAAGAAUCUUUUUACAUAUAUACACACAAAAUACUAUUUGACUUUGUAUCACCUCCUCUAUAGCAGCACGUAUAGAUGAAUAUAUAAUUAUAACCCCCUUAAGGGAAUGGAACCAAUUUGUGUUUCAAGGACAACCUUCCCCUGUGUAAAAUUGGAUCAGUUCCAAGAUACCACAUUGGGCUGAUUGACCAGUGACUUUUUUUCAAGACAAAUAUUGCUUGCAAGAGUGAGGGCUACAAUUGAAUACCAAAUGCCAUGGGGAAGAUUAGAAUCUCAGCUUCCCUGGGGCAUUGCAUAUAACAUUCCUUACUUUUUCUGACAGAGUAUGAGAUCCCAGAUCACAUAAUAGCUUGCUGUGCUCUUUCUCUCAACUCUGUUCAAACCUGAUUGUUCUGAUUAAUAUAUCAAGAACUCCUAGGAACCAGGGCUCAAUGUCCCCUGACACACUGCAGGGCACCUUUCAAAUGACUCAAAGCAUUAACUUCUAAGUGGUUAGAGGUACUAAUUGCAAGAAUUAGGCCCAAACUGAGAUGUGGGAGGGAAUGUGCUAAUCAGAACAGAUUAACUGUAAUACAGCACCAGGUAUGUUUACCAAUCAUGGACUCAUAAAUACAUUUGGUAUAUUUGAAGAGGUUGGUUCUAGAAAUAUUACGGGUUCAAUUUAAACCCCUUUUUUCAAUUUGAAGAAUGUCACUGCAACUGGUAGUAACUCUAAAACCAGGAUAAACUAGGUAUACUUCAAAGGGUGCUGACAGACAUGCAGCACCCCCACUAACUCAUGACACUUUACAUAAAGCGCCAUGAGUUACACUGGUCCCUUGGCCCAACAGACAUUUGCCUGUUGCUUUGUGGGGGAAGGGGCACCCAGGAAUUGAGCAGAGGAGCCUGCCUGCAGCCUCUCUUCUCCUCUAGCCCUGCUUUUCCCUUCCAGCUCUGGUACUGUCUACAGGAAGGGAAGGGGAAGAAGGGAGGAGGAUUGAGCUGCAGGCUGUGGUUUGCCUGGCCGUAGCUAGAGGGGAGGGGGCUGGGUGGGGGCCCUGUGAGGCCAGGCUCCUAUCCACACAGCCCUCUCGAGCUCAGGCUGGGCAAACCCAAGCCCACAGCUCGCUCCUCCUCCCUUCUCCUCCUCCCUUCCUGAAGACAGCACUGGGGCCAGCUGCAUCAGUCCAGCCCUGAUUGCUGAUGGACUGACCCUAGAGAACAGAAGUUCUCUAAGGCACUCCAAGGUGGAGCAGCUUCAUCUGAUCCUUCAUUAGAUGAGGAUUCAUUUGUCACACAAACAGUCACUUUUAAAGUGCUCUGCAGCCAUGCGCAUGUGUCAUGGCAUAGCUAUAGAGCACUUUCAGGGGGUUGAUCACAUGACAAAUAUAAUUUCCAUCUGCAUCUACUAAGCCUAAAUUCAGGAUAUUUUUCUUUUGUUUAACAGUUUCUGUGUACAAGUAGCACAUGCAAAACUAGUCAGUAUAUUUAGCUUGGUUGAAUAAAAUGACAGAAUGACUAAAAUGAAAUAAUUGCAGUUCACUUCAGUCUCUGCUUCCUGCUAGAGAUUCUGCGGCUUUGUUUGCAGUUAAAACAAUCUAAUUCUUUUACACAGUCAUUUGUAUUUGUGUAUAAAUGCCCUGCUAUAAAUAUGUUGAUACAAUAUGUUUGCUGUUGUUCUUAAAUAAAACAAAUGUAUCUUCUA